AUGACUGAGUUGUGUUUAACUGUCACCGAAGUGCAGGCUACGACGCUAGAGGCCCUUGAUGUUACUAAAGCAACUGGGCCAGAUGGAAUCCCUGCUCACUUGCUUAAGGAAACAGCUUCUGUAAUAGCGCCAUCCAUCUGUAAGCUAUUCAAUAAAUCAUCAACUUUGGGUAUUGUUCCGAAUGAAUGGAAAAAUGUUAACGUUGUGCCUGUAUUCAAGAAAGGCGAGGCUGACUAUACGGAGAGCUAUAGACCGAUUUCCCUACUAUCGCAGGUGUCCAAAGUCCUAGAGAGAUGCGUCCUGAACAGUUUCAAAGAACGAUUACGCGAGGUUGUUAAAGAGUGUAAACACGGAUGCCUUAAUGGUAAAUCCUGCGCCUCCAAUCUUCUUGAAGUUUUACAUCACAUUGGCUCCCUACUUGAUAAUGGAAGUCAGAUAGACGUAGUAUAUAUGGACAUGUCUAAGGCCUUUGAUAAGGUCUGUCAUAGUCGCAUGUUACAAAAACUGCGUGCGUUUGGGUUUGGAGGUAGUCUGCUACGGCGGUUUGGUUCUUAUUUAAAAAAUCGUUACCAACGCGUAACCGCACUUGGCGCCACAUCUGAGUCUCUACCAAUUAGUGCCUCAAGGUUCUAUCCUUGGUCCAGCUCUAUUUUUGCUUUACAUGAAUGAUCUCCCUGAUGCAGUUAAAACAAAUAACAUCGCUAUGUUUGCUGAUGACACUAAGACCUAUCAGGAGAUAAAAUCUGUCGACGAUGUUGCGUCUCUUCAGGAUGAUCUGGAUCGUCUGGAUGCAUGGUCAAAUAGCUCAGUCCUUGCAUUUAAUGGUGAGAAGUGCAAAACACAGCGAAUCACAAGGAAAGUCAACAUCGUGGAUUGA